AGCUACUAGUAUACCCAAACCUAUCGCAGAUUCUGCACCCUGUCCUCGGUUUCAAGUCCACCGAACUUAUAGAGGCACCCCCCGCAAAAUUGGCGCAGCUGUUGGCGCAGCUGAAAUGGGAUGGCGGGGUAACAACUUCCGGAUAAUAAUGUACCCCAACUGCUAUACAGCUCUCUUAAAUCCUCAAAUCUCAAUUCCCAACGUAUCCAUUGACAAGUAAAUUGCCUUAUAGCGCAUUCUUUUAAUCCUUCGGUGCGAUAAAAGAAACCCGAAUCAUCGCCGCCGCCAUUAGCCUCAACCGCACGACGCGCUGUCACGAUGCCUAAAACAACCCCUCCUCUGGCGGAUGUCAUCCCCCCUCUCAUCUUCGGAACAGCGGUCUUCAACCACCAGUACAAUAGCGACCCAUUUUCCUUGCCCUCCACCACUCUCGUGCAUCACGCAUUAUCUUCCGGAAUCUCCGGCUUCGAUACCUCGCCAUACUACGGCCCCAGCGAAGAAAUUCUCGGCGCCGCACUUAUAGCACCCAUCGCCGAAACGAAGGCGCCAUUUCCCCGCGACCAGUACACAAUCCUUACAAAAGUGGGCAGGAUAGCCGCGGAUGAGUUCGAUUACUCGCCGGAAUGGAUACGGAAGAGCAUUGCGCACUCCCUGCAGCGCUUGCACACAGACUACCUAGACGUUGUCUACUGCCACGAUGUCGAGUUCGUGACCCCCGCAGAGGCUCUGGGGGCUAUUAAAGAGCUACGCAGGAUACGGGAUGAGGAUGGAAGCAUCAAGUACGUGGGAAUCUCUGGAUUUCCAGUCGGAACCCUCUGCGGCUUGGCAGAGAUGAUCCUGCGGGAGACCGGGGAACCUCUCGAUAUUGUCCAGAGCUACGGGAACUACACGGUGCAGAACCAGACUCUGAAGAAUGAGGGCGUGCAGCGCUUCAAAGCAGCAGGUGUGGAUGUCAUCCCCAAUGCGAGUAUACUGGGAAUGGGGCUGCUGCGGACCCAGGGUGUGCCGAUAGGGAGCAUGGGGAACUGGCAUCCGGCUCCGGAUGGCUUGCGUGAUGUAUGCAAGGACGCUGUGCGAGUUUGUCAAGAAAAAAGCGAGACCCUUGAGAAUGUUGCCACGCGUUGGUCACUGGAGCAUUGGCUCAUGGAUGGGGCGGACGUGGGCACAGCAUCUUCUGGGGUGGAUGGGCAGAAAAUUGGCGUUAGUGUAAUCGGUGUGAGCAAUUUGGUGGAAUUGGAAAGGGCUUUGAAAGUGUGGCAGAGCGUGCAAGAUGGGGUGAAAAGUGGAGUAGAAGAAAGUAGGAAGACGGGCAGUCUGAACAGGAGGAGGCACAUUGAUGAAAUCGUGGUUGGGAUACACGCCGUCCUAGGGAAGUGGAGGAAUUUUGCUUGGGACAGCCCCGGCGCAGAAUUUGUGAACAAAGCUGCGAAAUAGAGUAUCACGAAGAUAAACACGACCCAUUAUAGUU